UUAUAUACUCUAAAGUGGAGCUAUUCACUUAACUGCUAUUAUACUAACGGGAAUGUCGAUAUUCGAACCACAAAUUACCCGGAAUAUAAGUUUACAUGUAUGUUUACACUAUCGACCAUAGUACAUGUCGUGCAAACGCGGAGGAAGUGUGCAAGUGGAGAGACACUUUCAGCACGAUGACAGUUCGUCAGACGAGGAGGAGGUUUGCACCGCCGAACAGAUUGCCAAGCGCAAGAUAGCCGUGACCGCUCGAUCUACAAAGCUUUUAGAUCGAGUACAGCGACUACGGGAGCUGGAUAUCAAGCACCGCACGGAUCCUUCGGAGCUAGAUUCCGAAUCAGAUUUCACCACCUCUAGCAUACUGACUGCUAGGUUGGGUGGGACACUCUCUCUAUCUCCCGAACCCAAGUCCUGUGCUUCCGACCACAACCCACCCUCGAGACCGACCGCUUCCACCGAUACCCCACUCUCCAAAUUAACCGGUCAAGGCAUUAAAAUACCUGCACACUCUGGUGUCGCCCAGCUACCAGCCCAUUCCCAGCCGCAGCCCAGAAUGAAGUCAGCUCCAUUCAUCUACAACGGACGCUGUGUGCAUGGCUCGGCCUCGGCGACAUCUUCACCCACUAUUGGGCGGUCUGCGCCUUCGUCGUUGCUAAGUGGACGUUCUUCAGCGAGUUCACCUCUAAUCGGGCGAUGCCGCACGAGCUCGAGUUUACCUGCGUUGAAGAAGAGAUCUAAUCUCUCACCCUGCAUCACAAACAAUGCGGAAGACCUGGAGCAUCGCGCAAGGGUGGACCAUGCUACGGAAGAAAGCUAUACAUCUAAUCUCUCUGCCACGAGCAAGAAACAGAAGAAAUGCACAAGCGAAGAUAUAUGUAAUGGGUUAUCGGGACAUAAGGUGCCCGAUGAGAGCUGCGCGGCUAUAAGCACAGUCUCUUUGGGCGGAUUACCAAAUAUACAACCGCUGAGAAACAUUCCAAGCUAUGAAGGCUAGAAACUGUGAGAUAAACCCAGCGAGCUUUUUGGAAUCACAUAUCCUCACUCAGUGUUCGUCAGAGUUGGAGCGUAAUAUGAAUCUUGUGGAUGGAAUAGAUAGCGUGUCUUUUCCUAACUUGGUUUCCAGAAUUUUUCCAAUGUGAGGAAAAUAAUUACACGAGUGUGGAAUUUAUUAGGCUAUUAUACAAAGCAGUAUAUAUAUAUAAGUAUAUUUAUAGGUA